AUGUUUGAUUGGUUUUUUCGGCAGAUAAAUAAGCUAGGAUUAUACAAAUUUCAUGACUACAUUCAACCAUUCGACUCAAAAAUUGCAUUAGACUGGCGAGAUCUCCUUAUGAUGAUAAUUUUAGCAAUGUGCGGGUACUAUGCAAGACUUUACAACGUUCAAUAUCCAAGUAAUAUCAUAUUUGAUGAAUGUCAUUUCGGAAAUUUUACUAAUGGCUACAUUACUCGCAAUUUUUUUUAUGAUAUCCAUCCACCAUUUGCCAAACUUCAAUUUGCAUUAUUCGAUUGGCUUCAAGAAUACGACGGUAGUAUAGUUUUUGGUGGUGGUGAAGAUAGAAGCUAUCGAAAUGAAAAUUAUAUUACUCUACGUAUGACAUGUGUCAUGUAUAGCUCAUUAGUACCAUGUACUAUCUACUUAGCCAUGAGAACCGCCUUACUUUCACGUGUUGCUGCCUUUACUUCAGGAUUUCUUAUUUCGGUAGAGACUUCUAUGAUAGGAGAAGGAAAAUACAUCUAUACAGACGGAACAUUACACUUUUACACGAUGUUUAGUAUGAUAAUUAUUAAUCUUUUCCUUACAAAAGAACCAAGAGCUAAAGAAUGGUACAUUUGGAUGCGAAUUGCAUCAAUUUUUAUAUCAUUUGCCUUCUCAAUUAAGAAUACUGCCCUCUCUCUUCUCAUUCUCAUCAUGUAUACUCAAGCAGUUGAAAUUGUUGAAUUUCGAACUUACAAAUUAGACAUUAAAAUCAUUCCGGAAGUCAUACAUAGAGGCUGGAACAUAUUCUGGCCAUCAUUGGCCGUUCAUUACGCAAUUUGGAUCAUACAUUUCCAAGUUAUACCUUAUGGAACGAGCGACACGCGGGAUUACGAGUGGCUACUCUACGGCCUUGUCGACAGAAAGCGUGGCAACGAGACAAAUAUGAUGAGAUGGGUCAGAAGACCUCCUUUGUUAAAUAGAAUUUUUUCAUCCAUCGCAACAGCAUAUAUUUCGAACGGAAUCAACUUCGAACCACACCAUUGCAUGACUAGACCCCAAGAUUGGCCUCUUCUUCGCGAUAAAUGGAUAGUUUACUACUCAGGAUGGGGAGAACCGAGUUUGUACUGUUGCGGGAACUAUUUCGUUUACAUUAUGACUUUCUGUGGCGUAGUAUUAAGCAUGUUGUGCUUUUGGUCGAAGAAAAAGUUCCCUCUGGCCAUGAGAUUUAUUGUUGGGUACUGGGCUUCAUAUUUACCAUUCUAUGGUGUUCCCCGUACUAUGUUCUUAUACCAUUACCACAUUCCAUUGAUGUUUGCCGCUUGUUGCGUCGGAUGCAGCUUAGAUUUGUUAUUUGAGAAGAGAAGGUUCUGGAAAGGCUUCUUUUCUAUCUGCAUAAUAUUCACGGCGUUCGUAGGCUACAUGAUUCUCAAUCCUUUCGUUUACGGACGGAAACAUGCGAAUCGUGACUGGAGACUGUUGAACAGGAACUGGAGAGAUGGGAAACCAGGAAGGGACAAAUUCGAAAAGUUAAUGAGAUUGAAAGCAGAAGCAAUUAGAGCUGAUGAUGAAGAUAUGAAGAACCAGGCAAGCGCACAAAAGUCAACUAACACUACUAAUUCAUUAAUGAAAAAGAAGAAAUGGUUCCAAAGACAAAGAAAGAAAAAUGAUUAA